CGGCUGCUGCGCGGCGGUGGCCGCAGGAGGACGUUGUCCAUCGAGGACUUCGAGGUGGGGCGGCCGCUGGGCAAGGGCAAGUUCGGCAACGUGUACCUGGCGCGGGAGCGGACGUCGCGCUUCAUCGUGGCCCUCAAGGUGCUCUUCAAGUCGCAGAUCGAGAAGGAGGGAGUGGAGCACCAGCUGCGGAGGGAGAUCGAGAUCCAGUCCCACCUGCGGCACCCCAACGUGCUGCGUCUCUACAACUACUUCCACGACCGCAAGCGGGUCUACCUGAUCCUGGAGUACGCGCCGCGCGGGGAGCUCUACAAGGAGCUCCAGAAGUGCCACCACUUCGACGAGCAGCGCAGCGCCACGGUGAUGGAGGAGCUGGCGGACGCGCUCAUCUACUGCCACAGCAAGAAGGUGAUCCACCGCGACAUCAAACCCGAGAACCUGCUCAUGGGCCUCAAGGGCGAGCUGAAGAUCGCCGACUUCGGGUGGUCGGUGCACGCGCCCUCACUCAG